AUGGCUUCGCCUCUGGUGGCUGCAAAAAAUCAGCUGCGUUCUGUCAUGAAAGACAGGCUCGCCCUUAUUGCCCACGAAUCCAUCAAUAACCAGAGUCGAACUGUGUUUGAGACGCUCAAGACAUUCAGACCUUACGUGGAAGCGCAGAGGGUCAGCGUCUUUCUCUCAAUGCCUUUUGGUGAAGUCCAAACAGACCAAAUCGUGCGCCACGCUCUGUCAACAGGGAAGCACGUCUACGUUCCGUACUUACACAAGUCGCAUUUUCCACCAGGGGAGACGCCGCCCAGGAUCAUGGACAUGGUCCGUUUGCGCGACAUCCACGACUACGAGUCACUACAGCCCGACAAAUGGGGCAUUCCCAGCAUUGACCCUGAGACAGUCCACCAGAGAGACCGGGUUCUUGGUGAGCCUGGUGCCCAGUCCCCGGAUUCCUCCUUCUUGGACCUGAUGUUACUCCCCGGGGUCGCAUUCGACGUCGAUGGCAACUCGGGCUCACUGCGGCGCCUUGGGCAUGGGAAGGGCUUUUAUGAUCUUUUUAUCCGCAGGUACACGGCAAAAUUUGACGGUGAGCUGUCGGCUCCCAAGCGUCCUGUAUUGCUCUACGGCCUGGCACUCGCAGAGCAGUUCAUCUCUCGACCCUCUGACGGACCUAUUCCCGUGGCCCAGCAUGACCAAUCACUUCAUGGUCUAGUGUUGGGGAACGGGGAGGUCAAGAGGCCGGCAGACAAUUCCCACAUCAAAUAG